GGAGCUAAUCACAGGGUGCCAUUGAAAUAAGCGGGUGGCCGCUCUCAUGCUUAUCUCUGAUGGACGUUUGGUUUAUUUACAAAGAUUGUUGGAGUCGGAACUGAUUUUUUUUCACAAUGGCUGGCGAAGUGAUAGUCGAUGCAUUGCCAUAUAUUGACCAAGGAUAUGAUGAACCUGGAGUGCGAGAAGCGGCUCUGGCGAUGGUGGAAGAGGAGACGCGUCGUUACAGGCCGACAAAAAAUUACCUGGAGCACCUGACUCCUAUGAGCAUAACAUUCGAGACGACGGUGCUGAAGCACGAGUUUGAGAGGAUGCACGGGCGCCUGCCAAUGGAGGUGCUCAGCAUGAAGCGUUACGAGCUGCCACCGCCUCCAUCUGGCAAGAUGAAUGAUUUGGGUGCGUGGAACGAAAGUGUGGAGAACAGUAGUGCUCAGUUGGAGCAUCAAGCUACCAGAAUCUGCAACCUGGAAUUAAUGAUGGAGUACGGAUGCGAAGCUUGGAAGUCUUAUCUGAACGUGUUGGUGCAGCUGCUCGGUCAGGCGCAGAAGCAGCUGCAGAUGCUGCGCAAGAAGAUUCAGGAGGUGAACUGGCAGAGGAAGUCGAUGCAGACCCAAGGCGGCGACAAACUGAGAGCCCUCGAGGCGCAGUGGGUUGGUUUAGUGUCGAAGAAUUACGAAAUCGAACAGGCGUGCGUGCACUUGGAGGAGGAGAUACAGAAAGUGAUGAUGAACAAGGAGGCGGUCGAGAUCAGCGACGUGCCGGCGGACGAAGGACCGGACAUGCCCGGGAAAAGCGCCACGGAGACGAUGGCGCUGCAGAUGCAGCAGCAGGAGGAGCAGGAGCAGCGGGAUCUUCUGUUGAAUUUUUGAGGUAUCACUGUUGGCGGCUGAGUGAGACAACGAAUGAAUGUACGCGAUGCGCUUCGAGUAUUUAUAGAGGCAUUACGAAGCCCGCGCGGGACCUCGGUAAUAAAGCACAAUUUAUUUUAUCGUGGUUUAUACAUGUAUCACACUCGGAUUUUCACGCUGACAAUAUACAUAUGUACAACGGCGAUAAAUCACUGACUUAAUCGACAGCGCGAUGCACUACUGAUUAACAAUUAUUUAUAAUUUUUUUUUCACGACGGUGCUGAGAUGAACGAAGGAUCUGCUUUAACAUAGUUUGCGUUUCUCGUGCAUCGACACACAUUUACACACGUAUUUUGCGCGUAGGCCCAGCUGAAGUUUUUAUUUAUCCCGCGUUAGGACGUGUUAGCGGCGUUAUUUAAUACCACGAUAUAAUUACAAAGCGAAUAGCUAAGCGUUUAAUCUCUCUUUCUUCUUUUCUUUCUGUCUUUCCUUCUCUUUCUCUCGCUCUCUUCUUCGGCCGACUAUUCGUAUGUAAAAAAAUACGUGAGUUCGCGAUCUCCGUUUUGCCUUUCUAAUCGUCGUGGACUGAACGUGGGAGAGACGUCGAAAAUGAGCGUCUGAUUAGGCUUGCGUUGCGCGUUCAAUACUCGGUUGCUUUAUUCACUCGAUUGUCAUAACGACGUCUCGCUGGCACCAGAACUUUGAGACUGAAGCGCUAUGCUUCCCUUGUAACCCAUCGACUCCUCCUCCAGCAAAGUUAUGCGUUGCUUCAACGUUUUUACCUGUAAGCCACGAAAAAAAUUUUAGUUAUUUAUUUUUCAUUCACAAAGGACAUUUUUUUCGGCAAUGCGGAAAUUAAAAAAAAUCUGAAACUUUGCAUAAUUAUAGAGCAAAUAUAUUUAAUAACAAAAUAAUUUUUCGUUAUGGCUCAGAAACGGUUUUAGGAGUGAAAACAUCCUCUUGAAAAAAAUAAAUUUAAUUAAUUUAAUUUAAUUUUUUAAGUUUUACUUUUUUGUAUUUGGAAAAUUAAUUUAAAAAAUUUUUUAAAUGUAGAUUUUAGGGGAUAUUUCAAAAAAUUUUAAUUAUUAAGUAGUAUUAAAUAAUAAUAAUAAUCUACUCUAUAAUUAUGCAAAGUUUUAGAUUUUUUAAUUCUCGCGUUACCGAAUGUUUUUUAUUAGUUUGUUUACGGGAAAUAAUCCCUUUGGUAUACCGAAGAUAUAAGGUGAUUACAUUGAUUUACAAAAGUGAAAAAGUAAAAAUAAUACAACAACAUUGAUUGAUACAGACAUUCCUCAAGUAGCGUACGCUUAAAAAUGGCGACAACUCUCGAAUAACACGGAAUCUUUUGGCCGUAUUAUUUCAAAGUCAUUUGUACAGUAAAUUAAUAAAAUUAUGAAGUCUGUAGAAGUUAUAAAGUU